CACCAAUCUACCUAGUGGCUGCAGCCUGCAUUGCGUUGGUUCCAGGCAGAUGGCUCGAAUCUGGAGUAGGACGUCCUUCAAGUUCCGCUUUCAGCAACGAUCUUGUGUUGAUCUUUCCAUUCAGGGUGGGAGCAAAGAAUGCUGGGCCCAUCAGCCAACCACGCUAUUACUGGGACGAUCACCACCAGCUUCAGCUUCAGGGCCAGAACGCAUGCGAUGUGCAAAUCAUCUUUUGAUAGUGCCCAAGCCCAAUAGCCUCUCCCGUCGUGUAUUCAAGGAUCUGCAUGAGACAUAUCUGGCUGUAGACAAACGAGCUGACGAAGCAGGCAGCGAGCGUUCGGUAGUAAGAAGGAUCAGUGCUAUGGACGCCAGCCCGGUUGCUUCGACCAGCGAAACCCAUGGGUUCCAAGUACUUGGAGCCAUCGAGGAUCGCUAUGACGGCAUGAUCGUUGAGGCAGACCUCUUACCAUCGACUGUGGAAGAGUUCCGGAGCAGGCUAGAAGCCUCAAUUCUUCACUGGAAAGCUCAGGGCAAGAAAGGGAUCUGGUUGAAGCUGCCCCUCUCUCAUGUGGAUCUAGUGCCCACAGCUAUCAAGGCAGGUUUUGGCUACCACCAUGCUGACCCCGGGUACUGCAUGCUGACCCUGUGGCUUCCAGAGGUGCCGUCAACGCUGCCUGCCAACGCCUCCCAUCAAGUGGGUGUAGGAGCCUUUCUGCUGAAUGACGCAGGAGAGGUUUUGGCCGUACAAGAGAAGAACGGCCCACUUCGUGGCACUGGUAUCUGGAAGCUGCCAACGGGUUUAGCAAAUCACGGAGAGGAUAUCUGUGCUGCAGCAGUACGAGAGGUGAAGGAAGAGACGGGAAUCGAUGCAGAAUUCCAAGAAGUGUUGUGUUUCAGGCAAGCCCACGGAAUAGCUCAUGGGAAGUCGGACCUCUUCUUUGUGUGUGCUCUGCGGGCUUUGAGCCAUGACAUCACUCCUCAAGAAUCCGAAAUCGCCGAUGCCAAGUGGCUUUCGUUGAAGAGCUUUCGUGAGCAGCCUUUCUUUGCAGAUCGACCUCUCUUUCGAACGAUGAUGGACAUCUGCGCUGCGCAGGCGAGGGGCGAUUAUAGGGGACUUCGACUAUGUGCUUCAGGGGGCGAUCUGCAAUACCAGAUGUAUGUAGGAGAGGUUGCUUCCGAUACUUUGCAGGACGAUACAGAUACAAUCAAGCAACCACAAUGAAUUAAGGCACCCAGCCAAUUUGCUGCAAAGAAAGAGGGCAACGAAUACAAGCAAGUUGCGAACUUGCUGCGGGAUAGGCUAUAGCCAUUGAUAAAUUGAUAAUCACCAAAUUUAUUAGAAGGUCUAGGGUUCUAUUCUGCUUGUUGCGGAGGGUCAUCUUCAACCGCUGCUGAUCAUAGUUCCAAUAGUGUGUAGCAUAAUAGACAGCCCAAGUUGCCUGCUAUGCUAGGCCCAGCUCUUUGGCGCAAGUUCAUUCAUCCUACAAUAUUUAUGUUCGGUUCCAGCAAGGGCCAGAUGCAGGGUUGCUUUCUUGUCUGGUAGACAAUAGUAAACCCAACACACAGGAUCAGAAUCCAGUAGUGAGCAACCACGAGCAUCAAAAUUGUCAAGUGAACCCUACAGUUUUGUUCAUGUCGCAAAAUACAAAAGAGGCCGGUGACAAGCACAACCACACGCACAAUGUAAAGGAGG